AUGUCUACGUACUUUCUGAAACCAACCGCUCACCUGCUAUUCUUCUCAUUUGUUUUUGGCGGAACGGCAUUCUACUCGUAUGUUGCGUCUCCCAUAGCGUUCAAAACGCUCGACAAAGAUGCGUUUUCCAAACUCCAACAUUCUGUGUUCCCGUAUUUCUUCCAAAUGCAGUCCUUUGCGCCUGUCAUUUUGGGUGCCACAGCUCCAUUGGCUCUCAGAUGGGGGCCAUUCACUUCUUUAGCAGUAGCAUCUACAAGCGGGUUGGUAAACUAUUUGUGGCUUUUGCCCUGGACCCAGAAAGUAAAAUCUGAGAGACGUAAACUCGCCAAUGAAGUCUCUGGCGAGGAACUCGAAAGACGAGAUGCUUCUUUGCGUAAAGAAUUUGGUAAAUCGCACGGUUUGAGCUUAUUGUUCAACAUGACGAACGUUUUGGCCAUGACCGUUUACGGAUUCUUUCUCGCCCGUGGACUUGUCAGAUAUGUGCCAAAAUAA